AGGGUACUGUUCUGGAAUCUGAUCGUGGAGUAGUUGGCGGAGUACAGAACUCACUCCAGUCGGCUUUGGAUUUAAUGGCCAAUGUCAUGGGAAUAAUUAUUUCCAAUCCUCAGGCCAGCCUCUGUUGACUUUUUGAACUCAAACGGAAUAAAUUAAGAAUUGGAGGCAGAUAAACCUUGUCUUUCAAAAUAAAUCAAAAUCGAAUAUUGCUGCAGAUUACUAUAAAGUGCUUGUACACCGAUUUCAGCAUCAAUUACCCCGCGGAGUUUACAUUCCGAGCUCGAUCUGUUGGAAGUAUCAAACCUCCUGGAACUGAAGAUAAGGUACAAUCUGCUUAAGAUGGCAGAGAAAAACGGCGGAUGUAAACAAAGGUCUUACCAAAGGUACAAAGGAGGUCAUAGGGCAAUGGCAAACAUAGAAAUGUCACCUGUUAUGUUUCCAUCAUGUGUAUCUGAGAGUGAGGGCAAGACAGAGAUUCUAGACAGCAAGUCAACGAGAUCUGUGUCGCCACAUGGUUCUCUUCUGCUGAGAAUGUGGGAAUUUUCGGUUGGCUUAUAUAUGAUCAGCAUUUGGCCUGAAUCCUUACUUCUUGCUGCCAUCUAUGGAGUGGUUGAAUCUUCCUCUACGGCCUUGUUCGGUCCAACUGUUGGACAACUGGUGGAUAAGCUCACAUAUCCUAAGGUCCUCAGGCUCUGGCUCUUGACACAGAAUUUCUCGUUCAUGACUGCUGGAGCUGCAGUCACAAUUUUGCUCUCUUGCCCAAAUUUGAAGUCAACAAAUUUUGCAGCUUUCAUAUCACUCAUCUCGAUAACAAACAUAUCUGGAGCUGUGGGCGUGCUUUCUACUCUUGCCGGAACCAUCCUAAUCGAAAGAGAAUGGGUGGUGGUGAUCUCAGAAGGUCAACCUCCAGGGCUGCUGACAAGGAUGAAUUCAGUCAUUCGAAGGAUUGAUCUGAUCUGCAAGCUGUUUGCUCCCAUGGUUUCAGGAUUCAUAAUCAGCUUUGUCUCGUUGAGAGCUUCUUCUGUGGCUUUCGGACUACUCAGUACCAUCUCCGUUUGGUUUCAGUAUUCGCUUUUUGUAUCCGUGUAUAAUGGGAUCCCUUCUCUGAGUGAAAGCAACCAAAGGAGAAUAACCCCGAAAGCUUCAUCUUCAUGGGGUGAUGACAGUGAACAAAACUACUCGGCUCUUGAGGGAGAGACUUCGAAGUUCUGCAGGAAGGGUUAUUCCACGUCUGCUGAAAGUAGCCAACGGGGGAACUGUGCUGAGCAGGUCUUAAAGAUCCCACUUUUUGGGGCAUGGAAAACUUACUUAGAGCAAGAAGUUUUACUUCCUGGGGUUUCACUGGCCUUACUGUACUUCACCGUCCUGAGCUUUGGAAUUUUGAUGACUGCUACACUAGAGUGGGAAGGAACACCGCCGUUUGUAAUCGGGAUCGCACGUGGAAUAAGUGCGACAAUCGGGAUUGCUGCAACACUUGUUUAUCCUGCCUUGCAGUCUCGUAUUUCGACCAUUCGAACUGGGCUCUGGUCCAUUUGGUCUCAGUGGACCUUCCUCCUCGUAUGUGUUGCCUCGAUUUGGGUCAAAGACAACCAUGUCUCGGCCUAUAUGCUGAUGGGAGGUGUGGCCACAUCCCGUCUCGGACUGUGGAUGUUUGACUUAGCUGUCAUUCAGCAGAUGCAGGAUGAAGUUCCCGAGUCCGAUCGGUGCGUCGUGGGAGGAGUUCAGAACUCGCUUCAGUCCAUCCUCGACCUGAUGGCAUAUGUCAUGGGAAUAUUCAUAUCAAAUCCUCAGGACUUCUGGAAGUUGAUGAUACUAUCGUUUCUCGCUGUUACUCUGUCUGCUCUGCUCUAUACUGUAUACGUUUAUCGUGUCCGGAAGCACUUAAUCCACUGGGAGAAGAUCUGCUGCUGGAUUUUCGACUCGUAAGCAAAGAAUCUUCUGAAGAAACGAGGCGAUAGUGGAGACUUACUCGACUUCAGUGUUGGAGCUUCUUCUCUAGAGCCGAUAGUUAACUAUUAAGGCGGUACGAUGUUGCGAUUGCUAAAUCAUAUUAACAUUUGGUCAAAGUAAGCUGGUCAAAGAGGUUUUGGUCAAAAGACUCUUGUUGUCAAAGUCGACUGCUUCAUAAGGGGGUUCUAGUGCAGUCUUAUAAAACGCGAAUUCGGAACUAAGAGAUUUUGAAUUCAAUCACGUUUUAGGUAUUUCUUUCUCUUUUUUUUUUUUUAAAUUUCUACUUGUACUAGACUCAUGCAUAUUUCUUAUAAUAAAAAAUGAUUAUUUCAGUA